CUCUACUCAAACUGUAAAACAAAUUGAAAAGUUAGUGUAAUAUUGAAGCAAAAGGGUGUCUGCAGUGAGCGCCUACUAGUGGUGAGAGUGUGUCAGUAAUACUGUCUGUGAAUGCAUUGAAUCUAUGGUGUGUUGAAGAGUCGACCAAAAUGUUAGGUAUUUAUCGGAAAGCGUGUAAAUCACUGAUCCUGGGCUCCAAACCACUGGUGUCUGUGGCCACACAAUCACCACAUAAACUCAUUCCAGUGAUAUCUGCCGCAAAUCAGAAGCGAUGGGCCGCCACUCAGCCCAAGACGGCCAGUACUGUGAAGAAC